UAUAUUUAGGAAGACAAAAUAAAAUUUGAUCGUAAUUUCGGAGACAUUACUGUAAAUAAGCCUAUAUAUUACGUCUGUAUACAUAUGCAUAAGAAAAAGACAAACAUUACAGGUCAUGAUCGAAUGUGUUUUUUUUUUUUUUUUUUUUGGUCGGAACGAAUGUAGCAACAGCAUUUAUGCAACCAAAAAAAAUACAGCACGCAACUUUUCAGCAGUUUUUUCAUGGACAGUUGGAAGGAAGGAACUUUCAACUUAUUUAUGUACAUAUUUAUAUCUUUUUCCAUAGCGUGACUGAUAUGUUCAGUCCAUGAUCAAUGCUCUCUCGCUCUCUCGAGCCACCUAGUGAUAUAGAAAAGACCUAUUUAUACAAACCACAUCCAUCCACAACACAACCCAAAUCCAAAAGUUGCGAAAUCUAGUUUCUAAUAAAUGGAAGCCCUAUGCCAUGGAGGAGGCAUUGUCCAAGCCCUAAACACUCAUGUGUAUGGAAAUGGCAGCCAGACUUUGGUUCUGGCUCAUGGGUUUGGUUCAGACCAAACAGUUUGGCACUUCCUCAUUCCCUUUCUUGCAUGCUAUUUCAAGGUUGUGGUUUUCGACUUGGUUUUUUCACCAAAUGUUGAUCCAAAACUCUAUGACCCUGAAAGGUACGACUCAAAUUUUGGUGCCUACGCAGAGGACUUGCUGUGCCUUCUUGAUCAUCUCAAUGUCAAUAAGACUGUAUAUCUGGGCCACUCCAUGUCUGCCAUGGUUGGAUGCAUCGCUUCUAUUCAAAGACCACACCUGUUUCAGCACCUUAUCCUGCUAGGUGGCUCUCCCAGAUACCUCAACAAAACAAGAUACAAUGGAGGCUUUACCAGAACAGAACUCGAUGCAUUCUUCAACCAAAUCAAUCAGAAUUUCUCAAAUUGGGUUCUAAGUUUUGCUCCAAUAGCAAUAGGUGUAAAAGACACAAGUGCCAUAGCCGAGUUCGAAAACAGUUUGGGAAGAAUGACACCCAAGAUUGCAGUGAGUGUUGCUAGAACUGUAUUUCUAAGCGACCUCAGAAGAAUUUUGCCACAAGUUGUGGUGCCAAGUAGCAUAAUCCAAUCCAGGAAAGAUUUUAUUGUUCCAAAAACGGUUGCGUUUUACAUGAAGAAAAGGCUUGGUGGUCCUGCCAGAGUUAAGAUAUUAAAUACAGAAGGCCAUUUUCCCCAGUUGACAGUUCACCCUUUGCUCUUAAAAGUCCUGAAAAGAUUUCUUCACAUCAAAUAGACACAUGGUGGUGUUCUUAACUAAUCAUUGGGAGCAUACUCUACAGAAUAAAAUAAAAAAUAAAAAAAACCUUGCAAGUCACGUUUAUUGCAAAUUAUUGCUUCCCUAAAAUGUUAAUUUUAAGAAUAAUUUUCAUUUUUCUACGAAAAUUUAUCGGCUUUCAACCACUUAAUAAGAUUAUAUUAUGG